AUCAGAGUUCUGUUCUAGUCUCACAACAAGGCCUUGUUUGUGUGAGACCUCAUCAGACUCACAUGGUUCUUAAGAGAGAAGGAACACACACUGGAAGGACAGAAACGUGACAAAGGACAAAACUUUACAGGGGAAACAGGAGAAAAUUCUUCAUCUGGACGGAGAUCUGUGGAACUGCUUGGAAUCUAGAAUCCAGUGGAACAUGGAGAACGGACAAGCAGAAGAUACAGACACACAUGAGGAUGAACCAGAUCUGCACAUGGUUCAGUUGCAGGCCCUGUGGGCGGAGCUUAAAGCAGGUCUCAGGGGCGUGGUUCAGGGGAUUUCCACCCUGCAGCAAAACAGCAGUCGUUUGGAGGAGCAAGUGUCCGAGUGCCAAAGAGACGCGGCCGAGAAAAUCCUGUCUUUAAGAAACACGCUGAAUACAGUCCAGGAGGAGACGAGCGCCGCCCUGACUCAGAUCUCUGAACUCAGCAUCAGACAGAAAGAGCUACGAAACGACAUGGAGCAGCUGCACAGGUCACAGCACAGGAAAUUCUCUAGAGGGGAGGAGCUGGUGGACGGGUUCUCCUCAACCUGCAGCCAAACACACCUGAACCUCAUUCAGCAUUACAUCAGCAGCCUGCCAACCAGCCAGAGUUCGGAGCAGGAUGCCAGUGGUUUCAGGAAUCACUCCAGAUCUUCACUGUGGAAGGAGAGGAGAAACAGCAGAGAUGUAACAGAACAGAGCAACCAGGAGAUGAGUCAGAGGCAGGUAUCUGCUCUGGAGCUGCUGGAGUCCGAGAGAGUUUACGUAUCGUAUCUGUCUCUGCUACUGAAGGCCAACAUCUCCUAUAACGGCUCUGAAAACUCCAACCUCAGGGACAAGCGGCCGUUUCCGUCCUCCUUGCGCUUUUUGAUCCAGCAACAUCUGGAGCUGCUGCAACUGCUGCAGGACCGUGUGCUCAGGAGCCACUGGCAGGGCAUUAUGGGAGACGUAUUUUUGAGGCUCACCAGUAAAGAGAAUGAUUUCUUGGAAAACUACGUCUCCUAUCUGAAGGAGCUUCCUGAGUGUCUCAAUGUUGUCGGCUUGUUCAAAAAGUCCUCGAAGCUUGUCGGCCUACUAGAAGGUGACACCUCAGGAGACGAGACCCACCCAUCCCUCCACACUCUGUUGCUCCAGCCAGUCCAGCGUAUCCCUGAGUAUCUUGGGUGCCUGCAGAACCUUCUGCGACACACAGAAUCCGAGCAUCCCGAUUAUUACCUGCUGCUCGUGUGUGUGCAGCACCUCCGAUCCUUCACCUCCCAGUACAGCGACCUUUUCCAGCACAACCAGGAGCUGCUGUCACACAACCACACACACAGUCUGUACGCAGACCAGCAGGACCGUCCGACACACUCUCGCAAGGAACACGGCAGAUCUUCAGUGAAGCAGCUGUAUAAAACAGAUUAUGAGAGUUCAUCAACCUACAGCAACAGCAGCGCACUGACCGAUCCAGUUCAUGGUGUGAGACGCGCCAAGAAAGCCGCCAUCCGUCGCUACCCUGACUGGGAAUCAGAGCCUAAUCGUUUUCACCCCGACAUUCCCUUCCCCUCCGACUCAGAAACUCGGCACAAAGCUCCGAGCUCUGCUCUCCACAGAAUUCCUGAAACAGACAGGACGGGCUCGGCACUGGCUGAUGCCAUGGAGGCUUUUCUCCCCUACAAAGGCGCGGACUCUCACUGCUCAAGCGCCUCGCACUCGACCGAUUCCAGCAUCGACAUCGCAUUCGUGCGCUGCAGCCCUUCAAUCAGUCCAGACCAGCCCUCGCAUGAAAGAGGGCGGAGCAGAAAAGGCGGGGCUUACAGGGCCAAGCGUGGCCACGCGUCGCCCGAUUCAGCCGGCAUGAUGAUGCCACGCCCGCUGCAGGCGGUGCAACGAAAGAGCAAGUCACUCAACGGCCUGCAAAUCGAUAACACAGACAGCCACCAGCAUCCGGUCAGGAGUCCGGUCCACCAGAGACUGGUGCGCCAAUCAAGCGCCAGGACGAGACUGACGCACAGCAGCCCGGAACGAUGCCACGAAACGCACGCACACGUCGCCACCGAGGAGCUGGCACAACACCUACACAGGACUCAGGAUUCUGGAACCCCAGUGUGGGAGGAGUUAAAAUGGAAGACUGCGUCUGGUGAAGCUGACCACGCCCCUCUGAGCGAGCGCAGCCGGAAGGAGGGAAAAGGAUUCCGCAGCUCCUUCAAAAAACUCUUUAGGAAAAUGUCUGGUGCAGACAGCAAGGUGGAGAAAUCUGUGGAAAAGACUGAAGGGCAGAGCAACAACGAACUGGAGUCUGGCAGGUCAAACAGAGCAGCCCAACCUGGGGACAUCAGCAGAGGAACCGUGGUCUAGACACACACACACACACACACUUCAGUAUUCACUAUUCACUAGCUAUCGAAUGGGUCGCGAGCCAAAAAGAGGGGUUGAAGACAAUAAUAAUAAUUAAAUAAACAAAUUUUAACAGGCACCUAAGAAAAGAAACUUGUACACGAACACCCCCUUGUGGAGGCUUAACGUUACAACUUGUAAACCACAGUGAGACCAGACUGCCACCAUUUACCCCCCACCUGGGGAUCAAACCCAGGACCUUUUUGCUGCGAGGCGACAGUGCUACCCACCGAGCCACCGAGCCGCCCCUGCAGUAGUAGAGGAAGCAAAAUGCAAUUAAGCAGCUGAAUAGGGAAAAGCUUUUUUUACAUGUAUAAACAAUAUAAACGUUUAUCUUUAACUGUACAUCUUCUUUGGAGAAAAUAUGAGCAUUUAUGUACAUUAAUGUCGUUAGUUUACUAAAAAAUGACCUCAUGAAGAGAUCGAUAAAAAAGAGCAAAGCACAAAGACAAGAUCGUUUACAUUUUAUCAACUUUAAUGUGUUACCUUAAUCUCAUCAGAUCCGAAACAAAAUAUAGACGAUUAUACAGUCU